AUGUCUGCCACCUACAAAACAUCUGAGUCCAAAAGGGAGGAAUUCCGAAAGUACCUCGAAAAAGAGGGAGUUUUAGAUUCCCUCACCAAAAUUUUGGUUUGUCUGUAUGAAGAGCCGGAGAAACCCAUCAACGCUCUGGACUUCCUGAAGCAGCACCUCCAUGGAGGAUCACCAGAGAGCAAUGAUGUGGAAACCUUGAGACUCGAACUGCAAGAGCUGAGAACGAAGCACGAGGCAGUAGUUUCAGAGAAUGAGGUACUCAAAGCCAAACUUCAGGAGUACGAGACCCCUGCUGAGGAGAAGGAGGCUGAGAGUUAGUUGGCGUCUCACACGUCAAUUGCUUUGAGUCGAGUGGACAGAUAGAACUGUUAUUGUUUGUAUAGAAUACUGUGUAUAUUUGUAUCAGACCUUUUGUAAUUAAAGGCGAUUUCAAUCGCAGUUUUUCGGUUCAGGUUAUGCUCCAUCAAAAUGUUCGAAUAUAUGCUGAUCUAUCGAUUACAGUAUGACAAAUUCUAGUCAUGGUCUUAUAUGGCCAAUUAUUAUGGACCUAUAAAAGUAUCGCUUUCCAAAGUCAGAUUUAUCACUAUAAUUGCAUUAAGUUAUAAUUUCAAGUAUCGGUCCUGGUGACAAUAAGAUAUUCCGGUUAAAUGAUGAUUUUCCAGUUA